AUGAUUGUUGUUUGCUUAAUCCGAUUUCCAUGGACAUUGUUGGCAUUUUCACAAUUGUUGCUGCAUUGUUAUGCGUUAGUCCUGACUACUAGGUCUUCUUGUUUUGAGCUUCUUGAUUUCGAUCCGGAGGUAGAGAGAACUUUGCACACACAUCGUAGAGCAGGCCAGGCUAGCUAUAGUUCACCACCCACAAUUGCGUCUGAUUCUGAUUCUGAUUCUGAUUACUUUAAUAACUUGUUUGAUUCGGAUUCUGAAAUUGUUUUUGAUAUGGCUGACCAAAGAACUUUAAGGAAGUUAGUUGCCCCUGAUUUUAAUGGUCUUGUAGGUGAGGAUCCACAUAAACAUCUCAAAGAAUUCCAGGUUGUGUGCUCUACACCAUUGAGGCCUGAAGGAAUAACUGAAGACCAUAUCAAACUUCGAGCUUUCCCUUUUUCAUUGCAUGGUGCAGCAAAGGAUUGGAUAUAUUAUCUUGAGCCAAAUUCGAUCAUAAGCUGGAAUGCUCUAAAAAGAGUGUUCUUAGAGAGAUACUUCCCUGCCUCCAGAGCAGCCUCGAUCAGAAAAGAGAUUUGUGGUAUUAGACAGGAUAAUGAGUCACUUGCUGAGUAUUGGGAAAGAUUCAAGAAAUUAGUAUCUAGUUGUCCUCAACACCAGAUCACUGAACAAUUGCUCAUUCAGUAUGUUUAUGAAGGUUUGUUACCAUUGGAUAGGAAUAUUCUUGAUGCUGCUAGCGGUGGAGCACUUGUCGAUAAAACUCCAGCCGCCGCCAAAGAUUUGAUCGAAAAUAUGUCCCUCAACUCCCAACAAUUUACAACCAGAAACAAUUCUGUCCAAGCAAAGGGUGUGAACGAAAUUCAGGUUUCCUUCAACAAAGCUUUAGAAACCAGAAUUGAUGAGCUCACCUCUUUAGUGAAACAAUUGGCAGUAGGUAAGACUCAAGCGAAAAACUUGUGUGGUAUUUGUACUUCUCCUGUGCAUCUAACCGAUACUUGUCCUAUUUUGCAUGAUGAAUUGAUCACUGAGUUGCCUCAAGCUUAUGCAGCAAACUUUUACAAUCAAGGCAACAAUCAGAACAGGUAUAACAACAUUCCUGACCUAUCCACCAAUAAAUACCACCCCAAUUGGAGGAACCAUCCCAACCUUCGAUAUGGAAACCAACAGCCAACCCAACCAGCAGCUAUCCCCCAAGCCACCAUUUCUACACCCUCUGGACCUUCAUUAGAGGACCUGGUCAAACAACUAGCUGUUAAUAAUCUUCAGUUUCAACAAAGAACAGAAUCUAGUAUUCAAACCUUGUAG